AACCGCUCUGUGAGAACUACAGCUCCCAUGAGCCACAGGGAAGGCGGAGUCUGACCCACAGGUGAAGAAGAGCUUCAUUCACCAGCUGAGCUGCUCCUGGAGCUUCAGAGGGAGAGAUUGAAGAAAAUAGAGAUAAAAAAGUUCAUUUUAGAUGAUAUGUUGGGUUGUAGUAGCAGAGCACAGGUAAAGGUGUUAGUGUCCUAAGAAGUGAGAAGAACAACUCAAUUUAUCAGCAGUGAUGUCAGGAGGAACGCAGCUGAGGAGGAGAGGUGGACCUUAUAAAACGGACCCGGCCACAGACCUGAGCCGCUGGAGGCUGACUAACGUGGAGGGCAGGCAGACCUGGAGCUACCUGGAAGAGGACGAGCGAGCCGACAGAGAGCAGACCAUGCUGGAGGCUCAUUCUCUGGGCCUGGACACCAGCAGGUUUCUGCCCGACUUGCCGGCCUCUCAAACGGCUUCAGAUGCUGCCGCUAAAGGUAUGAGCUUCUACCGCCGGCUGCAGGCGGAGGACGGCCACUGGGCGGGGGACUACGGCGGACCGCUCUUCCUGCUCCCAGGCCUCCUCAUCACGUGUCAUGUUGCUAAGAUCCCUCUUCCUGCAGCCUGGAAGGAGGAGAUGGUGAGGUACCUGCGCUCCGUCCAGCUGCCGGACGGAGGCUGGGGUCUACACAUUGAAGACAAGUCCACCGUGUUUGGAACGGCGCUGAGCUACACGUCUCUGAGGAUCCUGGGAGUGGAUCCCGACGAUCCGGAUCUGGUCCGUGCGCGGAGCAACCUGCACAGUAAAGGCGGCGCCGUCGGGAUCCCAUCGUGGGGUAAAUUCUGGUUGGCUGUUUUAAACGUCUACAGCUGGGAGGGACUGAACACGCUGCUGCCGGAGAUGUGGCUGCUCCCCACCUGGAUGCCAGCCCACCCGUCCACCCUGUGGUGCCACUGUCGCCAGGUCUACCUGCCCAUGAGCUACUGCUACGCCGUCAGGCUGUCAGCGCAGGAAGACCCGCUGAUCCUCAGCCUGCGACAGGAGCUGUACGUCCAGGACUACGACACCAUUAAGUGGAGCGCUCAGAGGAACAACGUGGCGGCCUGUGACCUGUACACUCCUCACAGCGCCCUGCUGUCCGUCGCCUACACCGUGCUGAACGUGUAUGAAGCCCACCACAGCAGCACGCUGAGACGGAUGGCCGUCACAGAGCUGUACGACCACAUCCAGGCCGACGACCGCUUCACCAAGUGCAUCAGCAUCGGGCCGAUCUCCAAGACGAUCAACAUGCUGGUGCGCUGGUACGUGGACGGGCCCACCUCUGCAGCUUUCCAGGAGCACGUGUCCCGCAUCCCAGACUACCUGUGGCUGGGACUGGAUGGGAUGAAAAUGCAGGGAACCAACGGGUCUCAGCUCUGGGACACGUGUUUCGCCGUUCAGGCUUUUCUGGAGGCCGGAGCGCAGGACCACCCUGACCUGGCCGCGUGUCUCCAGGACGCCCACCACUUCCUCAGGAUCACUCAGAUCCCAGAGAACCCACCGGAGUACCAGAAGUUCUACAGACAGAUGAACAAGGGCGGCUUCCCCUUCAGCACCCGGGACUGCGGCUGGAUCGUGGCCGACUGCACGGCCGAAGGCCUGAAGGCGGUGAUGCUGCUGCAGGAGCUCUGUCCCUCCAUCAGGCAGCCAAUCAGCUCGCAGCGUUUGUGUGACGCCGUCAAUGUGCUGCUCAGCAUGAGGAACAGAGACGGAGGAUUCGCCACGUAUGAAACCAAAAGAGGAGGAAGACUCCUGGAGCUGCUCAACCCUUCAGAAGUGUUCGGAGACAUCAUGAUAGAUUACACGUAUGUGGAGUGCACCUCUGCAGCGAUGCAGGCUUUGAGGCACUUCCAGGACGUUUAUCCUGAUCACCGCACUGAAGAGAUAAGAUCCACUCUGAGGGACGGUCUGAGUUACUGCAGGAGGGUCCAGAGGGCCGAUGGAUCCUGGGAAGGAUCCUGGGGAGUCUGCUUCACGUACGGAACGUGGUUCGGCCUGGAAGCCUUCGCCUGCAUGGGCCACACCUAUGAGAGCGGAGACGUGCCGGCUGAGGUGCAGAAGGCGUGCCGCUUCCUGCUGGACCACCAGAUGUCUGACGGAGGCUGGGGGGAGGACUUUGAGUCGUGUGUGCAGCGGCGCUACGUCCAGAGCAGCUCUGCUCAGAUCCACAACACCUGCUGGGCUUUGCUGGGACUCAUGGCGGUCAGACAUCCUGACCGGCGGGCCGUUGAGAGAGGAGUUCAGCUGCUGGUUGAUAAGCAGCUGCUCAACGGAGACUGGCCUCAGGAGAACAUCUCUGGUGUGUUCAACAAGAGCUGCGCUAUCAGUUACACCUCCUACAGAAACGUCUUCCCCAUCUGGACCCUGGGACGCUUCUCCAGGCUUCAUCCCAGCAGUCCUCUGGCUGGGAAGCUGAAGCUGUGACUUCCUGCAGGAGAACAUCUGACCGCACUCAGAUGUUUCCUCUCGUCGUCCAUGAGAACAUCGUUAUGGUUCAGGGUGCUACCGGACAUCCCAACGAUCAGUCAGACUCGCUGAUAUCAGCGGAAAGGAGCCUCUGGAGUUCCUCAUUUACUGUAAAUUACAGCUUUUAUUUGCAAUAGUUCUCCUUUUAGCUUUAAUAGUUGUUUUCCAUUCAUCCUGGAGAGGACCACGUUUGACCAUGCUAACAGCAUUAGCAGUGAAAGCUAAUAACACCUUUCUCUGCAUUUCAUGCAUUUAGAUGCUGUAUGGUACAAAGUAGGCGUGGCCCGGCACGCCUCUGUUUACGCUUCAAUCAAGAAAAAAAUAAUAAUUUCAAUAUGAAAUAAUAAAUAUUUUCAUAUUUGAUUCACUUUGAAACUGUGGAAAGUCCAGAACUGACUGAGAUGUGGUUGGAUUUAUUUCAGUACGUAAAGAGCAAAGAUCUGGAUAAUUGUGUCGUCCAACAGUAUAAAUUCACUUUAUAUGAUCAGUGUUGAUGUUUAGUAAUUUUUUUAAAUGAGACCUGCUCCACAUUUUAUGAAUAAAACA